AUGUCGGCUGCCAACAGAGGCCCUAGCAAUGCCAGCCGGCGUAAGCGUGCCAGAGACGAAGACGAGGAUAUGGGAUCUUCUUCACCAGUGCCAGCGCUCCCUUCGUCACCGCCUUUACUUCCAACCAACGAGAACGAUGACAUGGAAGACGAUGAUUUAGAUGCAGAGGACGAUCUCAUCGGGGAUAUUGACGACGCCGAUGAGAUGGCCGAAGACGAAGAUGGCAUUGACCUCUUUGGAGACAAUUUCAUGAAUGACGAGCGCGAACGCCGCGACCAAGAAACAUACCAAGGCCGAAUGAUUGACGAUGAGGGUGAAUACGACGAGCUUGACCUGGCAGCUCGCCGCCAACUUGAGGCUCGUCUGAACAAACGUGACCGCGAGCUGGCUCGUAGACGGCAAAUGCCCGCAGCAUUCAUGCCAGAUGACGACGAAGAUGCCGACAUUGAUUUAACAAAGCAACCCCGAAGACGCCGUCAUCACUAUGACGAAGACCAGGACGAUAUGGAUGUCGACGAAAACAUCAUGGAAGAGGAACUCUCUCUCGAAACAUUGCAAGAUGUCAAGGCGUCCAAUACUACCGAAUGGGUGACUCUUCCAUCCGUCAUGAAAACCAUUGCCCGAGAGUUCAAGUCAUUUUUGACAGAAUACAUUGAUGCCAAUGGCACGUCGGUCUACGGAUCUCGCAUUCGUACUUUGGGCGAGGUCAACUCCGAGUCUCUUGAAGUCUCAUAUGAUCACCUAUCCUCGACAAAGGCCAUUCUCGCCUAUUUUCUAGCCAAUGCUCCGGCAGAAAUGCUUAAAAUCUUCGACAAAGCAGCCUUUGAGGUCGUUCGUCUGCAUUAUCCAAACUACGAACUGAUCCAUCCGGAAAUCCAUGUGCGAAUCUCGGACUUGCCGGUCCAAUACACGCUGCGUCAACUUCGACAAUCGCACCUGAAUUGCCUUGUCCGGGUUUCGGGAGUGGUGACCAGGCGAACGGGUGUCUUUCCCCAACUCCAGAUGGUCAAGUUCACUUGCACCAAAUGCGGCGUUACCCUUGGGCCGUUUGCUCAAGAAUCGACAUCGGCAGAGGUAAAAUUGACGUUUUGUCAGGCCUGCCAAUCUCGAGGACCCUUCACACUAAACAGUGAAAAGACCGUCUACCGAAACUACCAGAGGUUGACUCUACAGGAGUCUCCGGGCACUGUUCCAGCCGGUCGACUCCCCCGACAUCGGGAAGUUGUGCUCCUUGCCGAUUUGAUUGAUACGGCGAAACCAGGCGAAGAGAUCGAGGUCACCGCUAUCUACCGCAACAACUAUAGCGGACAGCUGAACAACAAAAAUGGCUUCCCUGUCUUCGCCACCAUGCUUGAAGCCAAUCACAUCAUCAAAACUCACGAUCAACUCGCUGGUUUCAGACUGACUGAAGAGGAUGAAAGACAAAUCAGAGCCCUUUCUAAGGAUCCAAAGAUCGUGGAGAAGAUUAUUGACUCGAUAGCCCCGUCCAUAUACGGUCAUCAGGACAUCAAGACUGCAGUUGCUUUGUCGCUUUUCGGAGGCGUCAGUAAAGAGGCACAAGGUAAGCACAAGAUUCGUGGCGAUAUUAAUGUACUCCUGCUUGGUGAUCCUGGUACCGCCAAAUCACAGGUUCUGAAGUACAUUGAGAAAACUGCACAUCGAGCCGUCUUCGCUACCGGGCAAGGUGCUUCAGCCGUCGGUUUGACCGCGUCUGUCCGACGUGAUCCCCUGACAACGGAAUGGACGCUCGAAGGAGGAGCUCUCGUUCUUGCUGACCGCGGGACCUGUUUAAUCGAUGAAUUCGACAAAAUGAAUGAUCAAGAUCGAACCUCCAUCCACGAAGCUAUGGAACAACAAACUAUCUCCAUUAGCAAGGCUGGUAUUGUUACUACUCUUCAGGCACGCUGUGCCAUCGUUGCUGCUGCCAAUCCCAUUGGGGGACGAUACAACAGUACAAUACCUUUUGCUGCAAACGUGGAGCUUACGGAACCAAUCUUGUCUCGGUUUGACAUUCUCUGCGUCGUCAAGGAUACCGUUGACCCGGCCGAAGAUGAGCGUCUGGCGAAUUUUGUGGUCAACAGUCACGGACGAGCACAUCCCUCGAGGCUCGGUGUGGGUGCAGGUGACACAGUGGCUGUGGAAACUGAAGAGACGAAUGCAGCCAACAACGAUGAACCACAACAAGAGGGGGCGAUUCCACAAGAGCUACUUCGCAAAUAUAUCCUGUAUGCGCGGGAGAAAUGUCGACCGAGGCUGUACCAAAUCGACCAGGACAAAGUUGCUAGAUUGUUUGCGGAUAUGCGAAGAGAGUCAUUGGCAACCGGGGCUUACCCUAUUACCGUUCGUCACCUCGAGGCAAUCAUGAGAAUCGCAGAAGCCUUUUGCAAAAUGAGAUUGUCCGAUUUCUGCUCCUCCCAGGACAUCGACCGAGCGAUUGCCGUGACAGUUGAUUCAUUUGUUGGCAGUCAGAAGCUUAGCUGCAAGAAGGCGCUAGCAAGGGCAUUUGCGAAAUAUACACUCAGAAAGCCAGACCGUCAACGAACUCGAGUCGCAGGAAGAGGAGCCAACAAUGUCGGGACGGUUGCAGCAUAA